AUGUUACGUGGCAUGCAUCGACAUAGCAUCGCCUUGAGACGUGGACUAACAAGGAAUCUCCACAAAUCAAACGGAGGUCUCAAGUCUCCAUCUGUUGCAUCAACCACAGUUCAUAAAUCUGAUCGGUUUGGCAUUUAUGACUCUGUUCUAGAAGACCUUAAAAACAAAAAAGAUUUGCCUAAUAGAAACGGAGUGCACAACAAGGCAUUUUCAAACAUCAAUUCAAAGACUCUUGACAACAUUUCCGAAAAAGAACGUCAAUCUGUGGCUUGGUCAUCUCGCUACGAUCCAGUGUCUCGUUCUCCUUUCGCCAAGGACAUUGUUCAUUUACAAUCACUUCUUGAUGCCUUGCUAGCAAGCAAAAACUUUGACAGAGCCGAUAAAAUCCUUAAAGCAAUCUACCCCAUUUCGCCGUCACUGGAUGAUUUCUUGUUCUCUCUCAAUCGAUACUUGGAAGGCUUGGCACAAGAAGACAUUACGAUAUCUGAAUUGGAAUCUUAUCUUGAAGAAACCACUACGAGAUUUCCCCAUGUCCAGCCGAACGAUAGAACAUAUGCUAUUCUUUUAUCAAAGCUGAUGCUGAACGAAGAUAAAUUUUCACAUUAUUUAGCCAGAGCUAAGAGUGCUCGUGUGUUGCGCAAAGUUUUCAACCACUUGGACAUUCUAGGCGUAGAUGGACUCACCAAGAUAUUCAACCAAGACUCGAUCCUGGAACAUGAUGUUCCGUCUGAUUUACGUCCAUUGUUUCACCAAGCCAAUGCCUCAAAGGAAGACCCCGAUUUACUGAGUGUUAAUACUCCAGAAUACUUCAAAAACAGUGAACAGGUUGUACCUGUGGUAGACAAGGAUGCCGCCGUUUUGCGUGCUGUUGACUCUUUUGGGCUCAAAGUUAUCAGGCACACAUUACUUGGUCUCCAGGCUGAAAACAAUAGUCCUGUCUUGGAAGAAUUCAUCAGCGAUAUCGAGCUGGAAUUGGGCGUCAAUGUUCUUCACAAUGUCAAGGGUCACAAAAAGGACUACUUUGCAGUAUACCGAAGCUUGAAGUCUGACGAACAGCGUCAAAAGUUCAAUGAAGCACUCGAUUUAUUUAACGAAAGUCGUCAAAGACAGUUGGAAUUGCGAGGUGUGGAUGGAGCCAGAGAGAAAUGGAAACAUGAGUAUGAGGAAAUGCAGAAAAGAGGUGCGUUUGCCAUCCACAAAAACCUCAAUGUUCAAUUGUUCAAAUGGUACUCUGAUAUGCUUCCCUAUGUCGAGAAAGAAGCGAAAAUUUGCAGAAAGAUAGUCGCGGGUGAACUAGAUGUGAAAGACUGUAAACCUGAGGAGGCUGCUCAGAUGAAAGAAAGAUCAUAUUACGCACCAUACAUGAUUUUGGUUCCACCAAAGAAAAUGGCCGUGAUCACUAUUUUGGAGUUGUUGAAAUUAAAUUCCACUGGAGGUAUCGUGGACGGAAUGAGAACUGCUCGUGCGGUUAUUUCCGUGGGGAAAGCUCUUGAGCUCGAAUAUAAGUCACAAAACUUGGUUGAAGCCGAAAGGAGGUCGCUUUCCAAGAAGCUCAAGACAACGAAUCAAUGGAAAAAGAUCUUGAGAACCAGAAAAGAUUACAGUAAGGAAAAUCCCAACGCAACAAACGAGUGGGACUACCCUAUUUACGCCAAGGUCGGUUCAGUCUUGACCUCAUUAUUGAUGCAUGUGGCGAAAGUUUCAGUUAAAGGAACAGACCCAGUAACUGGAAAACAAGUCAAAACCAUGCAGCCAGCAUUUCACCACACAUACCAGUUUCUUCAAGGACAGCGUCUAGGUGUUUUGAAGGUUCAUAAAUCUCUCAUUCGUCAGCUUGCGGGCAAUGCUUUGAGCAAUGCUGUUCAGCCCCAGUUGCUUCCUAUGCUUGUUCCACCCAGACCAUGGGUGGCUUAUAAUGACGGAGGAUACUUAUUCUCGCAGAACAAUAUCAUCAGAAUUAAGGACUCAGCAGAAACAAACGCCUACUUGAAAGCAGCAUCAGAUAUGGGUAACUUGGACCAGGUGUACGAGGGAUUGAAUGUAUUGGGAGAAACUUGUUGGACCAUCAACCAUGAGGUUUUCGAUGUCAUUUCCCAUUAUUGGAAUUCUGGCGAAAAGUUCUUGGAUAUUCCUUCGAUUGUCGAGGAACUAGACAUACCUCCUCCUCCACCAAUCGAUGCCGAUCCAUUGCAGAAAACAGAUUAUCAAAGAAGACUCAGGCAACUUAUGAAUGAUGCUGCAUCUGCAAGAUCACAGAGAUGUGACACUAACUAUAGGUUAGAGAUUGCUCGAGCCUUUUUGGGUGAAAAGCUCUAUUUUUCACACAAUGUGGAUUUCAGAGGAAGAGCAUAUCCUUUGUCUCCUCACUUUAACCAUCUAGGCAAUGACAUGACAAGAUCAUUGUUCUUAUUCUGGGAUGGGAAAAAGGUAGGUGCCAGAGGUUUAGAAUGGAUCAAGAUCCACUUGGCCAAUUUGUACGGUAUCAAUAAGGCUCCUCUUCACGAGCGUGUUCAGUUUGUGGAUGAUAAUUUGCAUCAUAUAAUCGAAUCUGCAAAGAACCCUCUCGCCGAAGAUGCAUGGUGGAAAAAGGCAGAGAAGCCAUGGCAAGUAUUGGGAGUUUGCUUUGAGUUGAAGCGUGCUUAUGACCUCGAAGAUCCCACUGAACAUAUAUCGCACCUUCCUAUUCAUCAAGACGGUACCUGUAAUGGUCUCCAGCAUUAUGCCGCUCUAGGAGGAGACUUUGAAGGAGCUCGUCAAGUCAAUUUGAUUCCAGCAGACCGUCCUCAAGACGUCUACAGUUUCGUUGCAAGUUUGGUUCAGAAAAGAGUCGACGCAGAGGCAGAAGCAGGUAAUGAAUACGCAUUGUUUCUCCGUGACAAGAUUACACGGAAGGUUGUGAAACAGACUGUGAUGACAAACGUUUAUGGUGUCACUUUUGUCGGUGCCGUUGCGCAAAUUCAAAAGCAAAUUGACCAAUACUUUUCUAAAGAAGACCAAGACAAAGUUGCAGACUAUUCGAGAUAUUUGACCAUGCUUGUGUUUGCUUCCAUGAGAGAGUUAUUCUCGGGAGCUCACUUGAUUCAAGACUGGCUCGGUGAAGCUGCUAAAAGAAUUUCUAAGUCUGUUCGUACAGAUGCAGAGGAAAAUCCCGUUCAAAGCUCAGACAAACCCAGUCAUUUGUCUUCAGUCAUCUGGACGACUCCACUUGGUCUUCCUUGCGUACAACCUUAUCGUGUGACCAAGAAGCAAAUUGUCCACACAAACUUGCAAGAUAUUGUCAUUUCCGAUCCAUUCGGUGCCAGUCAGGUGGAUGCCAGAAAGCAACAAUCUGCCUUUCCUCCUAACUUUGUCCACUCGCUUGACGCUACCCAUAUGCUCAUGACAGCGAGAGCGUGUGGACAGCUGGGAUUGGCUUUCGCUGCAGUUCAUGACUCGUAUUGGACACACGCCUGUGAUGUCGAUACGAUGAACACACACAUUCGUGAACAGUUUGUCGCUUUACAUGGGGAGAAUCUUAUUGUCAAGUUAAGAGACGAAUUCGAGAAGCGGUAUAAAGGGUUUUUGCAGGUAAUAACAAUUCCUGGCAAUCAUGAAGUUGCAAUCAAAAUCAAGGAGGUUCGGAGAGGAAUUGUUAAAGACCUUGGAAGAGCACUAACUGUAGCUGAUGAGAUCUAUUUGGAGAACAAGAGACAACAAUUGUUGGAAUCAGAUGAUCCGCAAAUGGUCGAAGCAGGACGUCAAAUGGUGACAACUGUAAGUGUGACUGAAGGCUAUGACAUGAAUGCAAUUGCGGUUGGAGCCUCCGCCAGUAAGGCUACCCAAGUUCUUGCUCCAUUGACAUUCCCCAGCAUACCACCAAAGGGAGAACUUGAUGUCAAAGCUGUAAUGGACUCUCCUUACUUCUUUUCAUGA